CCUAUUUUUUUGAUCAAGUUGUGACUGUGGACAACAUUCAGAGUUUGAGCCCUGAGCUCCCACAGCCUCUCUCUGAGGCUGUAUCUAGUGGUUAUAAUGGAGCACUAUUAAUAUGUGGAACCUUUACAGAGGAGAUUUGUUCUGUGAUCGACAACAUAAUCAUCAAACAGGUUCUUGAAAAUCUAUUCAGUCGUCUACUCUCAAAUGUAAAAGAGAAGUUAUUCAUCUCAGUGUCAUUCCUUCAGUUUUAUCCAGAUGGCAGUGCUGUAGACGUCCUGAGCCCUGAUAGGCCGACUCUAAAACCUGUAGCACAUCCCAUCCUUGGAAAUCUCAUAACAGGUUUAAGUGAGGUGUGUGUGUGCUCAGCACAAGAAGCCUACACUCUCUAUGAAACCUGCAGAGAGACUCUGAAGUGCAACACAGGCCCCAUUUUCAGCAGGUGUAGUUCCCUCUUCUCUGUGGUGGUUGAGUUGAAACUGGAUCCAGAGGAGGUGGAGCCAAAAGUCUGCCGCAGCAGACUGCAGCUGUUCAGCCUGGCAGGGGGAGCCAGCAGGAGCGACCUCCGAGGAGUCAGCCCAUUGGUGAAGAUUUUGGACCACACCCAAUGUGAAGCCGCAACAGGUGAUGAGCACCUCCCUUUCCUGCUAAAUGAGGCCUUAACAGGAAACAGCAGGACAGCCCUCAUCUACUGCCUCAACCCUCAAGAUUACCAGACCUCCGCUGCUUUAAGUUUGGCCCAGAAAGCAAGACGUCUGGUCACCAAGGCCAAGGUCGGUCACUGGUGUCCAAGAGUAACAGAGCAAAAGAUCAGAAAUGAUAUCAUGGAGCUGAGAACCAUGAUGAUGUCACUGGGGGGAAAUGAAGCUCAAAACAGCUACCGGCUGGCAGAGCUGACCCAAAACCUGCAGAUUGUGAAAAAUCAGUCAUGGGAGAAGCGGAGGGAUGAGUCAAAGAAGAUAAAAGGCAAAGCACAGGGUUGUCGGACAGCAAACAGAAAAUGGCGCAGCUCUGAUCAUAGUACAGAGAGUACAGACACAAUGAAAUGUUUACAAGAGCAGCUGAAACAAGAAAUGGAGGAACAUAUCAGAGAGGGGAAGGGGAGUGAAGAGAAUGUCCAGGAGAGGGUAAUAAGAAUCCAGCAGCUGAGGGAGUCUCUGCAAGAGGAGAAACUGAAGAGUGGGGCGGCUUCACAGAAAUCUGACCUCUGUCCACACUCUCAUUUGGAGUACAACGUAGCACAGGAGCGUAGGAGGCAACUUAAGGAGCACCAUGGGAGAUUAAUUCAAGAGGAGGUGGAGAAGAUGGAGAGGGACUUGGCACAGGAGCAGCUACCGACAGAGGGCCCCCAGAGAGAGCUGCUGGUGCUGACCAGAGAGCGGCAGGUCCUGGUGCUGCAGAUGGAGGCCCUGCGCACCGAGGCCCAGGGCGCUGAGAGAGACCUGCAGAGUCAGUAUGACCAACACCAGACAGAGCUGCACUGUCUGAGAGAGGAGAGUCUGCAGGUGUUCAGAGUGUUUCGUCAGGUCAGUGAGGAGCAGAGGAAGAUGACAGAGGGCAGGUACAGAGGUGUGCUGCUAGAGGCCGUGCAGGAUGCUGUCUACUUGUCGGCCCAGAACCAGCAGCUGCAGGCGGAAAAUAAACAGCUCCGUAAAGCACUCGGAGAGCUGAAGGAUGCUUUUGCUGUGCGAGGUGAUCCUAUGGAUGAAGUGGCAUCACAAGUACAAUAGAUGGAUGGAUAGGUGACCUAAAGCUCCUGUGAGGAACUUUGUUUGUUGAUUAUUGCGCCCCCUAGUGGACAAAGCUGGACCUCUUACAUAUUUGCUGACUUUGUCCUGUGCAUGUGUUCAGAUGUAUCAGUCUGUUAAUUUUUGCAGUGGAAAAAGUAGAGGAAAGGCUGAUUUGUUUGGUUUGUUCUGACACCUACCCCCUCAUAAUGGUUACAGACAAUGUACAAAAUAGAAACAGUCUGUUUUCUCACUGAUCGUCUUGUUUGCUUUUGUAUGUCAGAAAAACAAAUCACCAUUGAUUUAAAUCCACUGCAUAACCAUUAAAAAACUCCUUACUUUAAA